AUGAAAUAGAAAGAGAAAGAAGGAUCAAAUGAGAAUCUUAGAGUUGUAAUUAGAGUUCGUCCUCCAAUGGCAAGAGAGAUUAAGGAUGGCAAAUUCAUAUCAACUGUAUAAUUAUGUUUGAAUAUUUUAAAAGGUAUAAGCAGCUCCAGAUAAUCAAUAACUUUGCAUUUUUGAUUAUCAUGCAAUUGAGUUAGUGCCAGAUGAGGAAUUAGAAGCAUUUGUAUAAAAUCCAGCUAAUUAUACCAUUCAUUAAUUUACAUUUGAUUAUGUAUAUGAUUAAGAAAGCACUUAAGUAGAAGUCUAUGAAACCACUGCUGCCUUGUCAGUUGAUUCGACCCUCUAAGUAUGUAAUUAAUAAGUAUUCAAAAGGGAUAUAAUUCAACGAUUAUUGCUUAUGGAUAAACAGGAACUGGAAAAACAUAUACAAUGCAUGGAUUCUCUUUUACUCCAAAUUCAGAUUAAUUGGGUAUCAUUCCAAGAUCAUUGCAUAAUAUCUUUACACAUAUAUAAAUGAAAUCUAAUUCAAUGACAACUUUUAUGGUGAGAGCAUCAUAUUUAUAAAUUUACAAUGAAUCUAUAAGUGAUCUUCUAAGACCUGAUAAUUAAUAAUUAAAUAUUAGAGAAGAUAAAAAAAGAGGUGUUUUUGUUGAAAAUUUAUCAGAAUGGGCAGUACGUUCUCCUCCAGAAAUAUAUUAAUUGAUGAGAAGAGGUAAUGCAAAAAGAGUAACAGCAAGUACAAGAAUGAAUGAUACAUCAUCACGUAGUCAUGCAGUUUUUAUUAUUACUGUUGAAUAAAUUGAAGAAACACCUGAAGGAAAGAGAGCAAGAGUUGGAAAAUUAAAUUUAGUAGAUUUGGCAGGAAGUGAAAGAGUUAGAGUAACUGGAGCAACUGGUAUAAGAUUAGAAGAAUCUAAAAAGAUUAAUUAAUCAUUAUCUGCAUUAGGAAAUGUUAUUGCUGCUUUGACUGAAUUAAAAUAACCAAAAUCACAUAUUCCAUAUAGAGAUUCUAAAAUCACUAGAUUAUUAGAAGAUUCUCUAGGAGGUAAUUGUAAAACUACUUUUAUGGCAAUGAUAUCACCAGCUAUUGAAGCAUUUAAUGAGUCUUUAUCAACUUUGAAAUUUGCAAAUAGAGCUAAAAAUAUUAGAAAUACACCUAUGGUUAAUUAAGAUUAAGAUUAAGGAGCUUUACUUAGAAAAUAUUAAUUAGAAAUUUAGAAAUUAAAAUAAGAGUUGGAUGAAAGAAGUAAAUUACCUAUAGAUUCUAUGGUAUCUGAAUUAGAAAAAGAAAGAUAAAAGGCUUUAGAGGAUAAGUAAGAAGUAAUGAGUGCAUAUGAAUAAAGAAAUAGAGAUCUUGUUUAAGAGAGAGAAAUGAGAAAGUAAUUGGAAGAAAAGAUAUCAGCUUUAAAUUCAUAAAUGUUAGUAGGAGGAUAGAAAAUAGAAGAAACUCCUCAAUUUUAGAAUGCUCUAGAAAAACAAUAAAAAUUAAUACGUCAAUAAUAUUAAGAAAAAUUACAAGAAUUAGAAAAAGAACGGUAGAAUAUAGAAGAGGAUAAAGCUUAAACAGACAAAUAUAAAUAAUUAUUAUUAAAAUAAAGAGAUAUAAUGAUUGCAUUAACUAAUAGAUUAAAUGAAAGAGAUGAAACAAUCCUACAAUUAUAAGAAGAAUUAGAUGCAUAUGAUAAAUUGUAAAAAGAGUUAGAAGAUAUUAACUAAACAAAAGAUUCUAGAAUACAAUAAUUGGUGGAACUUCUUAAAUAAAAAGAUAUUGAAAUCCCUAUGAAUUUAGAAUUACCAGCUAAUUCAUUUAUUAAUAAUGCAAAAUAACAGUUAUUAUUAGCUGAAAUGCCUUCAUCAAAAAUGAUUUUAGUUGCUGAUCCUUCAUCAAAUAGUUAUAUUUAAACACUACCUUAAUAAGGUUCUUAUCAUCAUUCUUCUGAAGCUGUAACUCAAUAUGAACUAAAAAAUUAAAUUGACAUUAACAAAAAGUUAGAACUUGAUUUAAAGAUAAGUAGAAUGGAAUAAGAAAGAUAAAAAAAAGAAUUGGUAUCAUUAUAAGAUUAGAUUCAAAAAUAUGAAAAUGAUCCAACUACUGAAUAAGCUAAAAGUAUCAUUAUCUUUCAUAUUUAGAAUCUGUUGAUUUAAUAUUAAAUUAACUCACAAAACCUGCCAAUGGAAACUCACUUGCCACUGUAGCUUAAGAAUUAUAAAAGCUAUAAAAAAUACUUUCAGAUAAAGAAGCAAGUCCAAAAAAGGCAGUUCUAAAAUUUUAAUAAGAAACUUCCAAUCUCAAGUAAUAAGAGAUUAUAAAUAAAUUAAUUAUUAAACCAAGUAAAUCUAAUAAUUAGCUUAACCCUCCACCUAAUAAAAAAUAAAAAUAAAAAUCUAUAGAAGAUUUGUGGAAUUGA